AUGGCUUCCACACAUGAUGUAUCGCAUCCGGGUUUGCCAUUGGCGCAUGGAAUGUAUGCUUCAUCGACGGCAGCUGCACUAGAUCCUUUCCUUGAGCCAGGACCGAUGAAUCGCCUAUACUUGUCGCUACGGUCUGGAAUUCCCUCCCAGGUGGACUGGGCAUUGGAUCGUCUCGCAGCAUAUACUUACGAGAUGCCCGAUAGAUUCUUGCUAGCUGACUACCCUGGCAUGGCUGAUUCAUUGGCCAGCUUUAUGUUAUGCUUGUGUCUUGCGGUACGUGGUCUGCCACGUUCUGAAUGGGAUACGAUGCAGCGCGCGUAUAAUGUAAAUGGGACGCUCGUUGACCAAGGCAUAGGCGGUUCCGAGUACGGGUAUUCUGGGAUUGCUGCUACCAGUGUCAAACUGGCUCAUCUGACGCUACCUGCUGCUGUCGUCGGGACCAAGUCCGCCUUCCACCCUCGUGCGCAUGCUCGGGAUGCAGCGAUCUUGCGUCGAGCUAUGGAAGCAGCGCUUGUGCUACGAAACCUAGCACUGUCACCAGCCAACUUGACGACGCUAGUCCAGAUCCCAUAUAUCUUGGACGUUCUUCACGACUCGCUUGCGCUAGAAGAUCAUUUGGAUGAAUGUGUUGACAUUCGGCCAAAUGUGCUCGAUAUGCUCGAAUGCAUCGCAUCACGACUGGUGCUGAGUGAUUGGGUCCGCCAAAAAUACGUGCUUGGCAUGGCCGUGCAUCCUCCGCAUUUUGUAGAAGAUCGGAUCUUUGUGAUGCUGCAUGAAUGGAUACACACUUCCAAUGACCGAGCCCUGCUUCUUGGUGCCUUGCGCUGUUGCCGCGCAUUCGCAUCGAAUAUGUCAAAUGCCGCUGCGCUAGCAGAGAUCGAUUUGCAUUUCCACGAGACGUCCUUGGGUCUUGUGUCGCGAUGUAUCUCACUGCUUCCGCUUACGCAAGACCCGGAACUUUUGGAAGCGGUGCUUGAUCUAUUAUAUCAGCUUCUCUCGAUUGACGAUAACGUGAUGCUCCUAGGUGCGUGUCGAACAGCUCAAGCAUCUACACGCAUACAGGCGAUUGUUCGCUACCUGGUACGGAACUUGAAUCUCGGAAAAUCGGUGUGGGAGCGGGACUCACCGUCAACGGCAAACCAGCAUGCAUGGUGGGCUGGCCAUAUACCGAAUACACAGCGGAUACGACAGAUACGAGAGGUCGAGCUGCGGGAAAAAAUGUCGCCCAUGGAGCGGCACCGGUGGAGAGUGCUGCCGCCUGAAAUUCAGGCACGCAUUGAAAUGAUGCCUGAGCCAGAGCGGGGCACAGCAUGGAUGAAAACUCUCUUCGAACACGACCCUGAUGGUGAGGUCACACAGAUGGAGUUUUGGAUUGCCUAUCGAGACCAAUUUACACCCCUUGCGAAUGCGGGUGGUCCUCCGCUCCAGCCUGCAGCGAAUCUGAUCCGCCAUGUGUCACAAACAUUUCCUGGCGCCGCUGCCAUGGUGAUUUCUGCUGACGCUGGUGCACAACCACGCUUUGUGAUUCGAGGCAUUGCACCGCGCCUUCGUGAGAGUCGAGGACCCAUGUGCUUGUGGGUUGGCUGUUCAUCACCACAUGUGCAUACAUGGGCCCAGAUUCGUGAGCAUUAUGACGCACAUACGCAGCAGGCCAGCGAUGGCCUGUGUCGGUGCUUGGGAUGUGCGUAUGUUGCCCUCAGUGACGAUGAGGGCGAGCAACGUAAACAGCUACGCAUGCAUGUCUCGACGCACUUACCGCCAACGCGUGAUGCCAACGUGUUUGUGGCACCUUCUGCGCCUCCUGCUACCGGCACGCAUGAACGGCCUGGACUGAUUCAAUUUGAAGUUGAGCGAACGCCCUCUGUGCCUACACAUAUGGUUGGACAGCCACCGACGCCAUGUGGUGUGGCGUUCCUAUCGUUGCUAAUUCUGCGCUACAUCACAAGAGUAUCGUCUUCUGUCCUGCGCCGGGAUGGGUAUGGAUGCCCUAACUAUGUGUAUGGUGGAGCAGUGGCAUCCACCAAGCGACCAGCAGAGAGAGAGGAGUAUUUUGGAUUCCCGCUCUCCUCUCUAACAGAAGACUCGCAAGCACAAAACGAUGCACGUGCCUCGUCACUUGAUGAACAAUAUGCACAAGCCGCAGAACGAAUCAUGUAUGCGAUGGCUGGGAUUGAGGAUGUAUUAGUUGAGACGUCACUACGAAAUGAUAUACUGUGUCGCCUCGCCAAUGACACAUUGGUCGCGCUUCGUCCCGUAGAAGACUAG